AUGUGCUACCUUACUCCCGGGAAGGACAAGGCACUUAGCAUCGCCAUACAUAUUGCUGUUAAGAUCAUUGCAGAGAGCGAUGCCAUUCUAGAGAUUGAAAACGACUCUAGCAGGACGAUGAAACUCCACCUCUUGCUCACGCCGAGAACCCCCCCUGCUGCAGCUGGAGCUGUCAUCGAAGAACUUAGUGGAGUUGAUGCUGGGCAUGCGUUGAUGGCACGCGCCGGUGAGGUUGGGUGUCUUGGUGGCGGCGUAGGAGUGGCCAUGGUGAACUGGUUUGUUGAGACCUGGCUGUACACUAUUGUGUUAUCUAUCGCAUAUGGUGCUGUCGUUGGGUACGGAUCUUGCAAGGGUAUCAAGUUUGCACUCAAGUCAAAAUGGAUCGACGAAGAAUCCUAUGUUCUUUUCCCGACCGCCCUUGGCCUUUUUACUAUUGGAACAUGCGGAGCUAUCGGCACGGACGAUCUCCUGGCUUGCUUUGUUGCCGGCCUAGCUCUUAACUGGGAUGGUAAUUACUUGAGGGAGACUGAGCGCCGUCACGACGAAGUCAACUCAUGUGUCGAUGUACUCCUCAACUUUGGAGGCUUCAUGUACAUUGGUGCUAUUCUACCUUGGAGAGACUUCCAUGACCCGACCAGGACUGGUAUUACUCUAAGUAAGCUUAUUGGACUUGGUCUCCUCGUCCUUGUCUUCCGCCGUCUGCCUGCUAUUUUCACCUUCUACAAGCUCAUGCCUGACGUCUGCACCAACUGGAAGGAGGCUCUAUCCAUGGGAUACUUCGGACCCAUCGGCGCUGGGGCUGUCUUCUACGUUGAACAUGCCAGACAUUUGUUCCCUCACGAAGGCGAAGGCGAUGAAGAGGAGACAAACCUCGUUCGUGCGAUGGGCCCCGUUGUAUACUUCCUGGUCCUCUUCUCCAUCAUCGUCCAUGGGCUUUCCAUCCCAGCUCUCAAUAUCUACUAUCACUACACUGGAAAGGCACCUAUUCGGGAUGAUGCUGUCGAAAUGAGACGCCUCUCUGUGCGAGUCGCGACUCCUCCCAACGCUAUCACAGGAGACAAGGAUACCUUCAUUGCGUACAACCGCUUCAGUCGACACGUUGACCCUAGUGCCCUUAACCUGCCAUCUAGAAGAUCUAUGGAGGAUCACUCGGACGAUGAGGACCUUGGCAAGGGGCAGAAGCGCGACAUCGCAUUGGUUUGA